CUCACUGUCUGCCAGCUCCCAGCACUCCUGUCACCAUGUGGUUCCUGGCCCUGUGCCUGGCAAUGUCCCUGGGGUGGACUGGUGCCGAACCCCACUUCCAGCCCCGGAUCAUAGGAGGCAGGGAAUGUUUGAAGAAUUCUCAGCCCUGGCAGGUGGCUGUGUACCAUAAUGGUGAAUUUGCUUGUGGGGGUGUCCUGGUACAUCCAGAGUGGGUGCUCACAGCUGCCCACUGUGCAAACAGUAAUUGUGAGGUCUGGCUGGGUCGCCACAACCUGUCGGAGUCGGAAGAUGAAGGCCAGUUAGUCCAAGUCAGAAAAAGCUUCAUACAUCCACUCUACAAAACGAAGGUCCCUAGAGCCGUCAUCCGUCCAGGGGAAGAUAGAAGCCAUGACCUCAUGCUGCUGCACCUGGAAGAGCCCGCCAAGAUAACAAAAGCUGUGAGGGUGAUGGACCUGCCCAAAAAGGAACCUCCAUUGGGGAGUACCUGCUAUGUCUCUGGAUGGGGCAGCACUGAUCCAGAAACGAUUUUUCACCCAGGGAGUCUCCAGUGUGUGGACCUCAAACUCCUGUCCAAUAAUCAAUGUGCAAAAGUAUACACUCAAAAGGUGACAAAGUUCAUGCUGUGUGCUGGUGUCUUGGAGGGUAAAAAAGAUACCUGCAAGGGUGACUCAGGAGGCCCUCUGAUAUGUGAUGGUGAAUUGGUAGGUAUCACAUCAUGGGGGGCUACUCCAUGUGGCAAGCCUCAAAUGCCAUCCUUGUAUACCAGGGUGAUGCCUCAUCUGAUGUGGAUCAAGGACACCAUGAAAGCCAACACCUGAAUGUCCCUUUCCUACUCUCUACUCCUAGUAAAAUUGAGUAUACAUC